UCUGUUUUAGGAUCCAACAAACCCAUUGCUCAUAUCGAAGCUGCCACUAAGCAUGAGGUCCGCUAUCCACCCAACACAGGUACUUCAAGUUCUUUGCUCCAAUCUUUGUAUUUUUAAAAUUUAUUUUUGUUGAGCCGGAACUUUGAAACAAAAAACUAAAGUACACCUACAAAGAUAACGAUUUUUUAAAACGCAUAAAACAGGGAAAAAUUCUUUGAGAAAAAGUAUAAAAUGAACGAUUACUUCUACUGUAUCGUUGUAGGGAAACAAUACGUCAUGCAAUCUCAUAAUUAAUCUCAGAAAAUCGUGCUAGGAUAUCGUGGGGUAUUAGGUAGGGUUCAACCUCAAGCCCUGUGGGCGAGGUUAGGUAGGGUUAAAAGUAAAGUUUUGAAAAUUCUUGGAGAGUGAUCACCUUUAUAUGAUCUCUUAAAUCACAUGCGCCUGUUUAUACCUUGCUUCGUAGUGAUCAAGGACUGGUCUGUCAACGCUCCCUACAGCUACCUUGGAUGCGGCAUGAAGUAUCAAGACGGAAAAUUGACGGUGCCUACCCCCGGACGGUACUAUAUCUACGCUCAACUUUACUUCCACAACAAUGGACGAGUCUUUAUCAGGGUUAACGACAAAAUCGUGACCAUGCUUCAACCACCCGUAAAUGAUAAAAACUUCCAUGGUACCGUGUACGCUGGUGGGGUUUUCAACCUGAAUGCUAAUGACGUCAUCACGUUGACUGCCCACUCUUAUCCUGAUCCAUACGGCCCUAAAAUUUACAUGGCCUCCUUACACAGUUACUUUGGCGCAUUUUUGAUUUAA